UUUAGUCGUCAGAGCCAAAACAAGUUUUGGAUUGUGAAAAUAGGGUAAUAGUAAGGAUUAUGUGAUGGAUUUUUUAGUCUCAGUAAUGUCGUCAUCAGGGUUCUUGUCUAUUCAUAGUUUGUUGGAGGUUGAAGGUGAUAGGGAAGCCAUGGAGGAGUAUAUAGGGGAGAAAGCGCCAACGCUGACGACUGCGAAUCUAAAGGUUUUUGUGAAUAAAGCUAAGAAGGUUGAAAAGAAAAGCUCUUCUAUUAAUCUAGUUAACGACAGUGAUGUGGACGGUGCUCAAUCCGCUGCUCUCCAAGUUACGAGGUUUAAGAAGAAGAGGGGUGGAACGACUAAAGUGGUGGACUUGACGAACAUAAAGGACAAUGGGGUAUUUACUGUUGAAUCUAGCUCAAAUCUUCUUGUGUCUUCAUUCUCGGAUUCGUUUCAGUGUUUGGCUCGUGUUGAUGUUUGAGCGAUUUCUAUUGGUAUCAUCGCAUCUGAGCCAUAUAUACAAGUUGGAAUGGUGUUUUACGUGUUGUAG